GUAAGCUCUGUAAACAUUUUAAUAUAAAAAGAUCAUAAACAGGUGAUAUAACACUGCUAGUGAUAUUUCCGCAACAGGUACUUAUACUAGGAGGAACGAAGAAAAUCUCAUUAGCGCUGCGCAUUGUUCCAAAGCAACACACGACAAUGGAAAAGCAAUACAGUGAUGGCUUGGACUACCCAAAGGAACUGGACAAUAACGACAGAUUGGGACACUUCAGACAACGGUUCUUUUUGAAGAAAGGAGUGAUUUACAUGUGUGGCAACUCCUUAGGGCUCGCCUCGAAGGACGCAGAAGCCAUAAUAUUAACUCUGCUGGACAAGUGGAAGGACCACGGCGUGAAGAUCUGGAACGUUGACAACGGAAAAUACUACAUGUACUCCGAAUGCCUUGCCAAGCUGAUGGCGCCUUUAGUCGGGGCUGAAAAGGAUGAAAUCGCCUUCGCUGGGAGCACCACCACCAACAUCCACCAAGCUGUUAGUACUCUUUACAAGCCCACUAAAGAUAGAUACAAAAUUUUAGUAGACGACAUUAACUUCCCAACAGAUCGAUACGCAAUUGACAGUCAGGUCAGAUUGAAAGGGUACGAUCCCAAAGACGCUGUGAAAGUUGUUAAAAGUGUUGAAGGCAAGUUUUUGAACGAAGAUCAUGUCAUCGAAGCUAUGACUGAAGAUGUGGCACUGAUUCUGCUGCCGACCGUCUAUUACAGGACGGCCCAAGUGGUAGACAUGGCGAAGAUAACAGCCGCCGCAAAGAAAAGAGGAAUAAUUAUUGGCUGGGAUUUGAGUCACGCUGUGGGCGCUGUUGAAGUGGAUCUGAAGUCUCUGGACGCUGAUUUCGCUGUGUGGUGUACGUACAAGUACUUGAACGGUGGUCCUGGAGCGACUUCGGCUCUGUACGUGAACCGGCGGCACUUCCAGAAGGUUCCCGGAUUGGCUGGGUGGUUCGGUAACAGGCACGAGACGCAGUUUCUUCUGCGGCAGGAGUUCGACCAUCAGCCGGACGCCAGCGGUUGGCAGAUCGGCACGCCCUCGCUGUUGGCCAUGGCAGGCUUGGAGGCUUCAUUGACCAUGUUCAACGAAGCGGGCAUGAGCAAAAUUCGGGCGAAGUCGUUGCAUAUCACUGGUUAUUUGAUGUACCUUAUUGAGAAGAAGCUUGUGGAGCACGGGUUUACGAUAGGGAAUAACAAAGAGGACAGUAAGAGAGGUGGCCACGUGUGUUUGGAGCACGACGAGGGGUACCGAAUCAGCCUGGCCUUGAAGGCGCGUGGAGUGGUGCCGGACUUCAGGGAUCCCAACGUGAUCCGCCUGACCCCCACGGCUUUGUACACAAGUUACGCCGAGGUAUACAAUGUGGUGGAUAUUUUAUUGGACAUUAUCAAAACUGAGAGUUACAAACAAUUUAGUGUUAAGAGAAACUUGGUUGUAUAACAUUAUGUACCUAUGAUUUUUUUUAUCAUUUAACAAGUGUAAAGCUUUAAGGUAUAAAAAUAAUACUUAUUUUAUGUGAUAGAGCAAAACAAAGCAAUUAAUAUAAUUAAAUCAUCAUCAAAUAGCUUUAAGUUGUUGUUCUUGCGAGGUUAAGUUUGAUUAUGUAAUAAGGUUUAUAAUAAACGGUAACCGAGGGAGGUUAAAAUGAAAACAGCAAAUAUUUUGGUUUUCGUUAUAUUUUAAUUUGAAAAUAGGCUUAUACUAUUUAACUCCAGCUGCAAUGUGAUUAUAACUUAAAUUCUUUCAAUUUAUCUCACUAUUAUCCAACGCAUCUAUUUAGACAGGUUUCUGAUUUUGCUUUACGCACAUCCAGUGCAUUCCAUUUCUCUCGCUGACAUAUACCUUCGAAACUAUUAUUUAUUUUGCAUCCAAAAGUGGUGAACCUUCGGAAAAAGCUUGGCUCUCAGAACCAAGACCUAAUUUUGAAGGAAAAAACUAAACUGGAUGCGAAUAUCACAAAAUGCUUUUCUAAUUCAGACACAUAAUUAUUACACUAUAAUCACACCACAACUUUACAUUUUAUAAAUAAAAAAAUAAUUAUUAUAUAAUAAUAUUGUAACAAAUGUCAAAACGUCAAUUUCAGCGUAGACCGACCGAAAUAUAAAAUUCUGCUAUUAAAAAAGAAUCUAACAAUGUUUUUUUGUGUAAUUUUUCGUACUUACAACUUAGAUGGACAUAGCAAGGAAACCUAAUAUAUUUAGACCUUAAACAUUAAACAUCUCUUCUAUUUAUUAUUUACAGUAAUUUACAUCACAAGAGUAAUGUUGUAUGGUGGUCACAGCGAUACAACAUUGUUUUUUAUAUUAUUUUUGCAAUUAUUCUAACGUAAGGAACUACAAGUAAGAUCACGAGUCUGAAAACAUCUUUCUUACAAAAUAAUACACAAAUAGACAUUUCGUAUAUUAGAUUUCAGUGUCAAAAUCAUCCGAGUGUUCAACUAUUACUGUCUGUUUAUGAUACUGAAAUGUAAUAUACCGUAAUCAACCAAGUUGGCACGUAUUUUUCGAAAUGCUAUGACCUGAAGAAACUUGAAUGUAAUAAAAAAAUAAGAAUGAAGUUUUCUGUGAAUAAAAUUACAGAUUUUCUGAAAAGUGAUCUUUUUGUUUAACAAAUCAAUCCAUUUUCAUUUAUGUAGUGCUAAUUCUAGUAACACAAUAUUCACAAUAAAGUGCGCGGUUUUUUUAAAUAUGUUUUGUCGUGAUAUUUUUAA